UUUUUUUGUGCAUUCGUUGACGUGUGGUGCUGUAUAAGAGCAUGCGCUGAGGGUCAAAGUCAUUUGCAGGUUGAAACUGUGCAAUGAAGAUCCUGUUAACUCUUUCCACGUUGAUGGUCCUCUCGACUGCCUUCGAGCAGUUGGAGGAUGUCUGGUGCAAGUGCGCGCUCAUGGUGGACAACGACCCCAUGCUCUAUAUGGUGUACGACCUCGGCGAAGCGUUCAUCGAGGCCUGCAGUGAGCACGACAGGUGCAAGAACCGCUGUCACGACAAAAUCAGAGCUGACACAAACGAAAUGGACUUGUGGUCUCAUGACGAAAACGGACACACAAUUGGCUCAAGUAUAUGCCAAUACCUUUUCACGUCUUAUAAUAUCGAACAGUUUAACAACAAAUACGUUCACGGCUAUUACCAGGUGUGUGGAGGGCCUUGGGAAUACACUCUUCAGGAUUCCCAACAGAUGCUUUGCUGCAAUAUGGGCUUACAUGAGCAUUGUAUUAACAGGAUUUAAGGCUAACUUUUUUCAUUGUUAUUUUGGAUUUUUAUUGUUAUUAUUUAUUAUGUUUUUUGUUUUUUUUAAUUAGCAGUUUUAUUUUUAUUUUAUUUUUUUAGCAUUGUUUUUUUAUCAGUUUAAACGAGUGUGUGAGUCUUUGUGAUUAUUUUAUAAAAGUUUAGUUAAUGAUCAAAAGAGUUUCUUUUAUUCAUAUAUUCACAUUCAUAUAUAUUUAUAUAAAGAGAUAUUUAGUAACAUAUUUUCCAUUUCUUUGGUAUUGAAAGAAUGCCUCACCUAACCUAACGUAUUUCGAUUUAUGUAGAUACAAAAUACGCUUAAAAAUUGUCUUUGUAGUUGUUUCAUCUUUGGGUAAUAAAUACUGUUUGUUUAUUCAGAGAAAUAACAUUGAUUAUUCUUAUGAUCGAGAAAUAUAUUAUGUUUGUACGAUUAUUUGAUUCGUGGGUACAUUAAUGCAGAUAUUCACAAGAACUCAAUUACAUAUACCGUAUUUGA